GAGUGUUCAGGGUCGUGCCCAACUGGCGUAGCUAGUGAAUGUUGUAAAUUAUUCUGAACUUGCUGGUGCACAACAGCAACCUUGUACCUAAACCUUCCGUGUCUGCAACCUCUGAUAUGCGUUGAUCUUGCAUGGGUUUUUUUUUUUUUUGGCAACUCAACAAUAAAAUGAGUUUGCUGGAAAUCAGCGAGAACGUACGGCUCGCCAGAGAGUACGCAUUGCUAGGAAACUACAGUUCAGCUGUAGUUUGCUAUCAGGGGGUACUGGAACAGAUUCAGAAAUAUAUGUUUUCAGUUCGAGACUCCGCUGUGAAACAAAAAUGGCAACAGGUUUGGCAGGAAAUCAACGAGGAGAACAAGCAUGUCAGGGACAUCAUGACAACACUCGAGAGUUUCCAGCUGGAGACUGCCCCAAAGCCAAGCAGCUUCAGCCAAGAUAAUGAUAUCGUGCCCGUUCAGGUGGAGCACAGGUCAUCCCCAUGUGCAGUCCGGCGUACCCCCAUGCCAAGUAGAGAUGGCAAAGGCCAUGGAAACAGGCUCAGUACUGGUCCCCGCUUCCAGAAUCGACAAUCACCACGCAGUACCAAUGGUGACCGAGGAAAAGCUCAGAAGGGCAAAGACAAGAAAGAAAAUGCAUCCAAGCAGAAAGAAGACAAGAACAAACCUGAGAUCCCUGAAACAGAGGUGAAGAAGUUUGACCGAGGAGGAGAAGACAAAGACCUGAUUGAAACUUUGGAGAGAGACAUAAUCUCCCAGAACCCCAAUGUAAAGUGGGAUGACAUCGCGGAUCUGGAGGAUGCGAAGAGGCUGCUGAAGGAGGCCGUGGUUCUACCCAUGUGGAUGCCUGAAUUCUUCAAGGGGAUCAGGCGACCAUGGAAGGGUGUGCUAAUGGUUGGCCCACCAGGCACUGGAAAAACCCUGCUAGCGAAAGCCGUAGCAACAGAAUGCAGAACCACCUUCUUCAACGUCUCCUCCUCUACGCUGACCUCCAAAUAUCGUGGGGAGUCUGAGAAACUUGUGCGUCUCCUAUUUGAAAUGGCCCGGUUCUAUGCUCCAACCACCAUCUUCAUCGAUGAGAUUGACUCCAUAUGCAGCCGCAGGGGAACCUCAGAGGAGCAUGAAGCCAGCAGACGAGUGAAAGCCGAGCUGCUUGUGCAGAUGGACGGUGUUGGAGGAACAUCUGAGAAUGACCCAUCUAAAAUGGUGAUGGUUCUGGCAGCCACUAACUUCCCUUGGGACAUCGACGAAGCUCUGCGCCGCCGACUGGAGAAAAGGAUUUACAUCCCACUGCCCUCAGCUAAGGGUCGGGUUGAACUGCUGAAGAUAAAUUUGAAGGAGUUGGACUUGGCUGAUGAUGUUGACAUGGACAAGAUUGCAGAACAGAUGGAAGGCUACUCAGGUGCUGACAUCACCAACGUCUGCAGGGAUGCGUCUCUGAUGGCCAUGAGGCGGCGCAUUGAGGGCCUGACGCCCGAGGAGAUCCGCAACAUCUCCCGAGACGAGAUGCACAUGCCCACGACCAUGGAGGACUUCCAGACAGCCCUGAAGAAAGUGUCCAAGUCCGUCUCAGCCGCUGACCUGGAGAAAUACGAGAAGUGGAUUGCAGAGUUUGGCUCCUGCUGACUUUGCCCAGCACCCACUGUAGGGAAAAGGUUGGGGACCUGCACCACCUUACCACCUUAAAUCACAUCAUCUUUAGCUUCUUUUGAAAUCCUGAAGACCAGUUUUCAUGGUUCCAGUGUAUUCCAAUGUAGCCCCUCACCAGGCUCCGGCUGUCCGUAAUCAUGGGUUGGGCGGACAGUUUUAUAAUCACUUUCAAGGCCAAAGAUGAAGCCAUUGUUGAAAUUAAAUUAUUCAGUCACAAGUGAUUUUAUUUUUUAUACCUGAGAAUCUGAGCUUGAGAACUGCUUUAGAAUAGUUAACAUUCUGUUCAAAUAUGGGAUUAUUUUGGAUACACAGACUAAAAAGUGAUAUGUUUGUUUAGUUUAUAGCUAAAGCUGGAAAGAGGUUCUUUAGACCAGUGAAUACUCAUUCUGCAAUAACCUUGAGCUGCUUCAUGUCUAGAUGCCUUCAGCUCAAGACCACACUGCCAUGUUUUCUAAUUGUCAUAGCCAAUGAAAAGUGAGGUUUGUUGGACCUGUGAUUUGAAUGACUUUUCUUAAUUUUUUUUUUUUUUUUUGGUAGAAGUGCUUAAAACUUGGUAACAUCUGAACAUUUCUUUGUGUUGUAAAAUUGAGGAUGUGCUGUUGUUGCAUAUCUUGAUGUGGACUCUUCAACACUACUGCCCAUCAGUAAAUUCCUGCUGAGUUUACUAGCUUGUGCCUUUUAAACUGACAAAGGUCAUGGAGACCACUGCCUUGUAGUAUAGGAUCAGUUUUUAUAAAUCCAUGAUUGUCAUUUAUAAAACAUUUUCUUUCACUUCUGUGCAAUCAUUUAAAAAAAAUGGCCAGACUAUUUCUUUAUAAACAUUAAAGUUUUGAGAAUAUU